GCUUCCUCUUGUCCAAUUUCUCCUAUCUUUCUAUUCCUCCGCAUUAUAAUCCAAAGGAAUAGAACUCGUUCUCUCAAUUCCAACAUGCCCUCUGCAACUUUAGCCUCCCCUUACAAUAUCCCCCAAGAACUGCCCUUCACCUAUGAAAACUCCCUCUGCAACAACCCCCGCGACGAUUCCUUCGCUUCCUACCUCGCUGUCGUCCGAGACAACUUAACGCCGGAUUUCCCCAUUACUCCCACCCGACUCCGGCCGACACCGCUACAUAUCAACCUCACCCGAAAAAGAUCCGAUGAAGAUACCGAAAUCGAUAUCUUCGACGCCGAAAAAUACUUCAAUGGCUCACCAAACACCGACCCCGCCACACCCGUUGAGAAAACCACAAAUUUACCGUCGCCUUCCGUCACGCUCACUAAGUCGCAUUCACUGACGUGGACAGUCGCCGGAAGCAGCUCCGGCUGCUCAUCCCAAACCACCGUUAAUAGCCGCAAUGUCCUGCUUCGCGACCGCCGCCGGCGUGCGGUAUUUGGAUGUGGCGGCGGCAGAGUUUUUCAUCUCGGAGGGUUGGGAUUCUGGUGCUCUUCCUGUUCCCGAAAGCAUGCGGUUAACGUUAAUAAAGUGAAUGAAUCAGGAAGUAUGAGUAGUGGUGAUAACUUCGUCGAACAGAAACAGACCAUCAGCCGGAGUCCGGUGAGCUGGAGGAUAGAAACGUCGAGUCCGGCGACUUGGCCGACAUCACAGCGGAGGCGGCAACCGACGCUGCCACCGCCGCCGCAGAAGUUCCUUGAUAAGGACGAAGAUGAUCGGAGCGACUCGAGCUCGGACCUGUUCGAGAUUGAGAGCGUGGCGAUGAGUCGUACGGGGUAUGAGCCGAGUGAGGCCAGCAUAGCGUGGAGUGUGGUGACGGCGAGCGCCGCCAACGUGUCGGUGGCGUCGGAUCGGAGCGUGGAGAUCGGGAAGGGGAGAAGAAAAAGUGCCGGGCUUUCGCUCGCAGGAUGCGCAAGUCAUAAGGCGGUGGAGGUGAGCAACACGGCGGCGGCGGAGGUGGAGAGUUCGAUAUCGCCGGUGGUGGCUAGGUACCAUGUUGACUUGGAGGCGGGUGGUGGGUCGGGCCGGAUUGUGACGGGUCGUGCCAGCGGGACGUCGUGGCACGGUGGGUCGGGCCGGAUAGUACCAUGAUCUUACACAAAGCUGCUAUUCCGAUUUGCGAGGAUAAAAAUUUCUUUAUCGUGAAUUUUGACGCAUGAUCCGUUAUUUUAUGUGAUAAUGAAUUCUUUAAGGAAUUUUUACCUCUAUGGUGUGAAGAAGUUU